CGUUCCCUAGGGCCCAGAAAAUGCCAUGCGAGGACAGAGCGGCAACUUGACAGUGGCGAGAAACUAGUUUCCUGCUCUCGGAAGAGGCAUCUGGCAACUCUGCAACUCGGCCUAGCAAGGGGCGGCAAUGAAGUUCAGGGCUGUGGCUGUUGGCAGUGGUGGAGUGCAGCUAGCCAUGGAGAGCGCUCUGACGGCCCGGGAUCGGGUGGGAGUGCAGGACUUCGUCCUCCUCGAAAAUUUCACCAGCGAAGCAGCUUUUAUUGAAAACCUGCGGAAACGAUUCAAGGAAAACUUGAUCUAUACCUACAUCGGCUCUGUCCUGGUCUCGGUGAAUCCAUACAAGGACCUGGAAAUCUACAGCAAGCAGCACAUGGACCGCUACCGUGGCGUCAGCUUCUAUGAAGUCUCUCCUCAUCUCUAUGCCAUUGCCGACAACGCCUAUCGUGCUCUGCGCACGGAGCGGAAGAACCAGUGCAUUCUGAUAUCCGGGGAGAGUGGAGCCGGCAAGACUGAGGCCACCAAGAAGAUCCUGCAGUACUACGCUGUGACGUGCCCAGCCAGUGACCAGGUGGAAACUGUGAAGGACAGACUCCUGCAGUGCAAUCCGGUCCUUGAGGCAUUUGGAAAUGCCAAAACUCUGCGCAAUGACAAUUCCAGCCGCUUUGGGAAAUACAUGGACGUCCAGUUUGAUUACAAGGGAGCUCCCAUCGGGGGCCACAUCCUGAACUACCUUCUGGAGAAGUCCCGUGUUGUGCACCAGAAUCAUGGAGAGAGGAAUUUCCAUAUAUUCUACCAACUGCUGGAGGGAGGGGAGGAAGAGCUGCUCCGGAGGCUGGGGCUUGAGAAGAGCCCCCAUCAGUACCAUUUCCUAGUGAAGGGCCAGUGUGCGAAAGUCAGCUCCAUCAAUGAUAAGAAUGACUGGAAGGUGGUGCGGAAGGCCCUGUCAGUCAUUAACUUCAACGACAACGAAGUGGAGAAUUUGCUCAGCAUUGUCGCAAGCGUGUUGCACUUGGGAAACGUGCAGUUUUCGGCCGAUGAACAGAGCAACGCUCAAGUGAUCACGGAAAACCAGAUCAAAUACCUGGCCAGGCUCUUGGGUGUUGAAGGCUCUCUGCUCCGGGAAGCUCUGACUCACAAGAAGAUCAUUGCAAAGGGGGAAGAGCUGAUCAGCCCCCUCAAUCUGGAGCAGGCAGUGUAUGCCCGAGAUGCUCUCGCCAAGGCAGUGUACGGUCGCACCUUCUCCUGGCUCGUGAAUAAGAUCAACACGUCACUUGCGUACAAGGAAAUGGAGAAUCCGGGCUGGAGAAGAAGCUCCACCGUCCUUGGGUUGCUGGACAUCUAUGGAUUUGAAGUGUUCCAGCACAACAGCUUCGAGCAGUUCUGUAUCAACUAUUGCAACGAGAAACUGCAGCAGCUCUUCAUCGAGCUCACGUUGAAGUCCGAGCAAGAGGAGUAUGAGGCAGAGGGCAUCGCGUGGGAGCCGGUCCAGUAUUUUAACAACAAGAUCAUCUGUGACUUGGUGGAAGAGAAAUUCAAAGGCAUCAUUUCGAUCCUGGACGAGGAGUGUCUGAGGCCAGGAGAAGCCACGGACAUGACCUUCUUGGAGAAGCUGGAGGAGACGAUCAAGAACCACCCUCACUUCCUGACGCACAAGCUGGCGGAUGCAAAGACCCGGAAGUCUUUGGGCCGGGAAGAAUUCCGCCUCCUGCAUUAUGCUGGGGAGGUUACCUACAGCGUCUCAGGUUUUCUGGAUAAGAACAACGACCUUCUUUUCAGGAACCUGAAGGAGGCCAUGUGCAACUCAGAGAAUCCCAUCAUCAACCAGUGCUUUGAGAGGUCAGAGCUGACGGACAAGAAGAGGCCAGAGACGGCGGUGACUCAGUUUAAGAACAGCCUUGCAAAGCUGAUGGAAAUCCUGAUGUCUAAGGAGCCGUCUUACAUUCGCUGCAUUAAGCCCAAUGAUGCCAAACAGGCCGGCCGUUUUGAUGAAGUUUUGAUCCGGCAUCAGGUCAAAUAUUUGGGCUUGAUGGAGAACUUGAGGGUGCGAAGGGCUGGCUUUGCUUAUCGGCGGAAAUACGAAGUCUUCCUCCAGAGGUACAAAUCGCUGUGUCCCGAAACGUGGCCCACCUGGGACGGGAGGCCCCACGAUGGAGUGUCCGUGCUGUUGAAACAUCUGGGUUACAAGCCGGAGGAGUUUAAGAUGGGCAGGACAAAAAUCUUUAUCCGUUUCCCUAAGACACUCUUUGCCACAGAAGAUGCCCUGGAAAUCCGGAAGCAGAGCCUGGCCACAAAGAUCCAGGCAAACUGGAGAGGCUACCACCAGUGGAAGAAAUUCCAGAAGAUGAAGAAUUCAGCCACCGCUAUUCAGUCCUGGUGGCGUGGGACCUUGGGACGCCGCAAGGCUGCCAGAAGGAAAUGGGCUGUCGGGAUCAUUCGACGAUUCAUCAAGGGCUUCAUUUACCGGAGCCACCCUCGCUGCCCUGAGAACGAAUACUUCCUCGAUUACAUCCGCUACUCCUUCCUGAUGACCCUGAAGCGCAAACUACCAAAGAACGUUCUGGACAAGUCUUGGCCAACCCCCCCACCGUCACUGCAAGAGGCAUCUCAGCUGUUGAGAGAACUCUGCAUGCAGAAUAUGGUCUGGACUUACUGCAAGAGAAUCAGCCCAGAGUGGAAGCUGCAGCUGGAGCAGAAAGUGGUGGCCAGUGAGAUCUUCAAGGACAAAAAGGACAAUUAUCCUCAGAGUGUCCCCAGGCUCUUCCUGAACACACGCCUUGGGAGUGAAGAUUUAAACGCCAAAGUCCUCCAGGUGCUGGGGAACGAGCCGCUGAAGUAUGCAGUUCCUGUGAUCAAGUACGACCGGAAAGGCUACAAGGCCAGAGCUCGCCAGCUGCUGCUCACCCAGAAUGCAGUUGUGCUCGUCGAAGAGUCCAAAAUCAAGCAGCGGAUCGACUAUGCCAACCUGACGGGCAUCUCGCUCAGCAGCCUGAGCGACAACCUCUUUGUUCUUCACGUCGUCCAGCAAGAUAACAAGCAGAAGGGAGAUGUUGUGCUGCAGAGCGAUUUUGUAAUUGAGACGCUGACCAAGGUUGCCAUCUGUGCCAACAAAGUGAAUAAUGUCAACAUCAACCAGGGCAGCAUAAAAUUCACAGUUGGGCAAGGCAAAGAAGGCAUCAUUGACUUCACAUCAGGAUCUGAACUACUCAUAGCCAAAGCCAAGAAUGGCCAUCUUGCUGUGGUGGCCCCUCGUUUGAAUUCUCGAUGACGAAAGCUGCCCGUUUGGAUGGACUUCCCUCUUGACUACUUCCUGUGAUCUCUGGCUGGACUUUUCCCCUGCCGCCGCCACCCUUCCCGGAGGAGAUGCGGGGCUGCUUUACUGAAAUCCUUGAUCGCUACCAAAGACCUGCACAUCCAAAGAAUCCACCUUUUAAUCAUAUCCUUGGUUUACAUCCCACGAGGCAAAAGCCGCCCGCCUCCUUCCUUGUAGCGCGUGUGGCCUGUGCGGCCCCACUGACUCCUGUUUGCACAUCAGCCAGCGAGAGGGGGGGAAUCUGCAGAGUUGGAUCAGCCAACUGAGCAAAAUGCCAAACUUUAUACUACAAAAUAUUCUAUGAAGAAUUUUUUUUUUUCUUUUAAAGAUUUUUGAUGCUUCGUAUGAAAAUACUAAAAGCCAUAAUGUAUAAAUUAGUACAUUUUGUAAAUAAUGUCCAUUUAGCUCACAGUAUGGGAUGUUUGCACUACGGAGGUCAUUAUUUGGGAUUGGGAGGGUCGCGGCGCUCCCAUGUUUUUGUUGCCUUUCCUAGGUUCACGGGGGCUCUGCCAGCUGCAACGUCUCCAUCGCCCAUUUCUUUCCCACACCUCCGGAGCCUUUUGCUCGAAUGGCUUGGCUGCGUACCUGCGCUCUGCAAUCCUGUCCCGAUCUAGUUCAGGGUUCCCCAGCGUGGCGUCCACGGGCAUCAUGAUGCUCACUGAGGCUUCCCUUGGUGCCCGCUGAGCUUUUCAGAAAGCGGGUGAGACUGUUGCGAUGCAGGGGCUUGCUAUUGGCUGCCCUCGUUCGAAUGAAAGGGUUUUCCACAGUUGCAAUAGCAGCAGCAGCAGCCGCUGAAAGAAGUGGUAAGCGAGCACCUGGAUGUUCUUUCAUUAAUUUGUGGUUCCAGCCUCCCCCUUCAGGCUCUCCUUUUCAUUCCUUCUCUUUCUCCCUUCCUCCCCGCUGGACCUUCCUUCGUUCCCUUUUAUUCCUUCUGUGGCAUACUUGGAACAUGAGAAGUCUUACAUUUGACUCCACUUCCCCCAGCAGCCAUUCUAAGCUAGUCAUUUGGGAGCCAUACUCGACCUCAAUUCCAAAGGCGCCCCGACAGGAUUGCAAAAGUUGGGAACCCAGGGGCCAGCAUUUCUCCAGGCCAGCCUGCCCUUUCUUAAACCCCAUUCUCAGUUCACUUCAGGAACGCCUCUGCAAAACGCCACUCCCCAAAUAGUAGUGCUUAGCUGUUGCCGGUGGAGCCCCACCUUCCAGUCACAAGUGCUUCAAAGAUAAUUUUUUUUAAAAGCAACAUUAUUGCUGCUACAACACUAAUCUCCGUUUUAAGACGACGGAUGUCAUUCACCGAUUAUUUCUCCCCCCCCCCUUUAUUUACUAGCACUUUUAUGUCAAAUAGUUCUUUUGGCGCACGCGAUCGAUGCACACAAUGCUGAUGGAUUCAGACGUUCUGCCUUUUUAAUCGCCUGUUUGCGCUUGAUUCAUUCUAACUUUUUUCAUAGGACAAUUAGCCAGAGAAUAAUGAAGUUUUCGCUGCCACAUCCCGUUAAGACAACCGAGGGUUGUGAUUUUUUUUUUUUUGGUUCAGCUGUCCCGCCCCCCUCGCCGUGUUCAUCCAUCCUUCAUUGGGCAGGAAACAACUUUGGUACAAAAACCUGGAAACAAGCUUCUUCCACGGUCCCACCUGCAAGAGGUUUCUUUAAGGCAGGUCGAGUUGCAUCACCAGCUAGAAAGCUUGUGCAUGAUGUAUCAUUCUUGUUUCUCUGCUGAAGCCCCCGACUAGUGCCAGUGGUCUCUCCAAAGGCCCAGUGGGUUUUCUUUUCCUUUUUGGGGAUAAAUGCUGUUUUAUGGUGUCGUGUAUAUAAGAUAUAAUGCUCUAUGCACUGUGCUAGGUAAAUCAAGAUUAUUACUUGCCAAAUAAAUUUUUACUAAAAUUU